AGCGGGGCGUGCAGGUGGCUGCAGCGGUGGCGAAGUCCACUUCAGUGGCGGUUGCUGUGCUCGGUACUGGGAUCGCCGCUUGCGGCGCAGGCGCGGUGAACUCCGACCGCCCUGGGCCUCGGCUCCCUGUGGGUUAGUCAUGGCGACCAAGCAGAGGCCCUACCACCUGGUGGUGUUGGGCGCCUCGGGCUUCACCGGCCAGUUCGUGGCCGAGGAGGUGGCCCGGGAGCAGGUGGCUACGGGGCAGAGCCCUCGCCUGCCCUGGGCCGUGGCCGGCCGCUCCGGGGAGAAGCUGAAGCGAGUGCUGGAAAGGGCUGCCCUGAAGCUAGGAAGACCAACACUGUCAUCUGAAGUUGGAAUAAUAAUUUGUGAUGUCACUAAUCCAGCCUCACUUGAUGAAAUGGCUAAACAGUCGUCUGUUGUCCUCAAUUGUGUAGGACCAUAUCGAUUUUACGGAGAACCUGUAGUGAAAGCGUGUGUUGAAAACGGAACGAGCUGUGUGGACAUCUGCGGAGAGCCCCAGUUUCUGGAACUGAUGUAUUGGAAAUAUCACGAGAAAGCUGCAGAAAAGGGGGCUUAUAUCAUUGGAAGCAGCGGCUUUGAUUCCAUUCCGGCAGACCUGGGAGUUAUAUAUACCAAAAACAAGAUGAACGGUACGCUGACGGCUGUGGAAAGUUUCCUGACUGUGCAUUCCGGACCUGAGGGGCUGUGCAUUCACGAUGGCACCUGGAAGUCAGCAGUUUACGGUUUUGGAGAUCAGAGUAAUUUGAAAAAACUACGAAAGGAGUCAAAUCUGAAACCUGUCCCAGUUGUUGGUCCGAAAUUGAAAAGAAGGUGGCCAGUUUCUUACUGCCGAGAACUCAGCAGCUACGCGGUCCCUUUCCUGGGAGCGGAUGUGUCUGUGGUGAAGCGGACGCAGCGCUACUUGCAUGAGGAUCUGGAGCAGUCCCCUGUCCAGUACGCCGCUUAUAUAAACGUGGGAGGCAUCACCUCUGUUAUUAAGCUGAUGUUUGCAGGACUUUUCUUCUUAUUCUUUGUGAAGUUUGGCAUUGGAAGGCAACUUCUCAUUAAAUUCCCAUGGCUCUUCUCCUUUGGUUAUUUUUCAAAACUAGGACCAACACAAAGACAGAUCGACGGCUCAUCGUUUACAUUGAGGUUCUUCGGUCAAGGAUACAGCCAAGGCUUUGGACCCGAGAAGGGCAAACCAAAUAUCAGAAUUUGUACUCAGGUGAAAGGACCAGAGGCUGGCUAUGCGGCGACCUCCAUAGCCAUGGUCCAGGCGGCCGUGACUCUUCUGAACGAUGCCUCCGAUCUUCCUAAGACGGGCGGCGUCUUCACCCCAGGAGCGGCCUUCUUCAGAACCAAGCUGAUUGACAGACUCAACCAACGUGGCAUCGAAUUCAGUGUCAUUAGCAGCUCUGAAGUCUAAACAUUUGAAGAAUUAACUGAAGGCAUAACGCAUAUGAGUUCAUGGCUUUUUUAUUUGAAAUUUGAAAAGUGAUAAGCCUGGCUGACCGUAUGUGCAAAAGAUUCAGAUCCAAAAUUGUACUAAUUAAAAGCAGGAAAUUGUACUAGCUUACCCUAAAUUUCAAAUCUUUGCUGAUAUUGUGAUUUUAUUGCUUGUGAAACAACUAACAUUUGACUUUUUCAUUGAAGAACCCACGGUCAGUGUUUAUAAGUGAGCUGGCGGAUUGGGGGCGGGAGUCUGGAUCUGUUGCUGACAGCCUCCUUGAUGAAGCACGAGGCUGGUGUUCAUGUAAGGCAGGAGCUGCUACUUUCCUGGCCUUGACUUUGAGUGGGAUGUCCUCGUCUAAUGAGUUUCUCUCAUAUUGUUUGGGCUUUUGCCAAAGGAAACCACUUUUUGCUAUUUUAGCCUGGUUUUUCACCCGUCUACACUGAGUUAUUCACUAUUACGUAAGUUGAAUAAUAAAGGGUUGUCAAUUGAACGGU